AUGGGGCUCUCGACGGUCAGGGAGCAUGAGGGCGAAGAGGCGGCGGCGGUGGCGGCGGUUUCGGGAGGCGAGGACGAAGCGCGGCUGAGCCGGCAGAGCGGGGAGAGGUGGUGCGGGCUGCACGGUGGGGGAAGGUCUCGGGGGUCUUUCGCUCUCCCCCUGCUCCUGCGUCGUCUGCUUCACAACAGCCUUGUGAGGGUUUUCUGACAUGUUGGCUGAAGAUGAAUUUUUGAGCUCGCCACCAAAGAAGACAGUCAGAUUUGGUGGAACACUGGCAGAGAUCCUGCUGAAAUAUCAAAAGGGCGAGACAACUGAGUUUGAUUUGCUGAAGCAUCAGCUGUUGGAUCCAGACAUAAAAGAUGACCAGAUUGUUAACUGGCUAUAUGAAUUCCGGUCCUCUGUUACAUUUUUGACCAAGGAGUUUGAACAACUGAUCACCAUCCUGUUGAAGGUGCCAUGGUUGAGAAGAAGCCAAGCUGUGGUGGAAGAGUAUUUAGCUUUCCUGAGUAACUUGGUGUCUGCUCAGACAAUCUACCUUAGGCCAUGCAUUGCCAUGAUUGUCUCACACUUCGUACCGCCCCGAAUAACCAUCCGGGAGAAUGACGUGGACAUCUCCGAUUCAGAUGACGAUGAAAACGUUCUUGAGAGCUUCAACACCUGCCACAGAGCGCUGCAGACAAUUGUGAAAUACGUCCCUUUGACUCCACAAUUUCUCAUGCCGGUGCUGACAGAAAAAUUUCCCUUUAUUAGUAAAUCAGAAAGAACUUUACAAUGUUAUCUCCAUAACAUGCUGCGAAUAAGCAGAUAUAUCCCAGUGUUGAGACAUGACAUUUUGGAGCUGGUUGUUGAGAAGCUGCUGAAGAUUGAUGUAAGUGCCCCAAGAAAGGAUAUUGAAGCUGCUGAAGAAGAAGAAGAGGAAAGCAAUGAGAAGGGACUCUUCGAUAUGGAUGAAGAUGGGGAAAACCCAGAGAAGAAUGACAUCAUGGCUCAUCCCAUUGCAGAACGCCUCGACAUCUUGAUGAUUGUGUUAUUUUCCUACAUUAAAGAUGUAUGCUACGUUAAUGGUAAACUUGAUGUUGGCAACACCAAAGAUUUAUACCGAGAUCUUGUGGCUGUAUUUGAUAAGCUGGUCUUGACGACCCAUGGAUCGUGUCACGUACAGUACAUCAUGUUCUACCUCUCUAGUUUCAAAUUGGUAAUUGCAGAAGCUUUUGUGGAACAUCUCUGGAAGAAGCUACAGAAUCCAAAUGUUCCUGCUGUGAUCCGGCAAACCUCCGGAAACUAUCUUGGCAGCUUUUUGGCCCGGGCCAAGUUUGUUCCAGUCAUGACAGUGAAAGCCUGCCUAGACUUGCUGGUCAGCUGGCUGCACACAUACAUCGACAACCACGGCACGGGAUCCCGGGCAUUUUGUGAUGUUGCCCUCCACGGUCCCUUCUACGCAGCCUGCCAGGCUGUCUUCUACGUGGUCAUCUUUCGCCACAAGCAGAUCCUGGAUGGAAAUCUCAAGAAAGGUUUGGCCUACCUGCAGAGCCUGAACUUUGAACGCGUUGUUAUGUGUCAGUUAAACCCUCUGAAGGUGUGCUUGCCUACCAUUGUGAGUCUUUUUGCUGCCCUCGCCAGGAAGUACCAGGUAGCCUUUUGUGACACCAUCAUUGAGAGAAACCGGAGACAAGUAUUGCCAGUUGUCCGAAGCAGUUGUGGAGGAGAUCCUGUUGAGACAGUCACAAACCCCCUUGACAGUUUUUUCCCCUUCGAUCCUUACAUCCUCAAAAGAUCAAAGAACACAAUUAAUCCCUUGUAUCAGUUUUGGGAAGAGCAGAGCCUCGAGGACCUCCAAGAGGCUGUAGAACCCAUUAACGAGGGCAAAGGUGAAGAGGAAGACGACUUCCUGAAAGGUGAAACUCCCCAGCACGAGGGCCUGAUCGGUGUGACGCCGAGUUCUUUCAACUCCCUUGUUCAGAAUUCAGAAACCAGUCUGGGUUCACCACCAGUGACACCUCUGCAGUUGCAGCUCUGACUUCUGGAGGUCUGCCGGACAACGACCACGUUUCUAUCAGAGACGUUGGCAGGGGAGGUGGACGCUUUCAGAACUCUUGAUUUCUAGCAGCAGUUCUGACCGCAGGAUUGAAAAUCUGCAGCAUGGACACGGAUUGUACGCUAAGCUUUCUGUACCUACCCAGAGGAAGGUGUAAGUGGAAGAGCCAUCAGCCUUUCACAUUAUUUUUUUCCUUUAGGGUUUCCAUAUUUCGAUUCAGAACAGAUCCCCUGAGUUUAAAUACAGACUACGAUCCAGGGAAUGAUGGAAUUAGUUCUGCAUGUUGAUACCUAUGGAUUUAAAAAAAAAAAAAAAACUACAUUUUUAAAGCAAACUUGCUAGUCAGAACACACAGCUCUGCUUUUUUUGGUUAAAAAAAAAAGACCUGCUUUGAAUACAGCUUUUACAAGACUCCUGCUUAAUCCGAGGAGACGACAGAGCGUCAAACGUUAUGCCAAAACCAUUUAAGAGCUUCAUAUUCAGUGGUGUAUGAAAUAAGAUUUGUGAUUAUUCUGGUUUUGUUACUGAGCUGCUACUUUAUGCUGCCUGGGUCAGAAGACCAGGACAGUAUCUGCUCUGUUCUGUGUGAAGAAACACUGGCCUGACAGCUGGCUUUUUCAUCAACACCAUCGUCCAGAGCAUCUGCCACUGAGCAUGAAGGAUGUAAGCCAGCCGAGGAGAUAUUUGACAAGCUGUGCGGCGUGCAGCUCUCUUCCAAAACCUCGUCGCCAGAGGUGACAGAUCACCCUCUGCUUAUGGUAGAGCCAACCCUGAAUGUCUGGUUUACCCUAUUGACUCUAGAGGUUUAGCUUCAGCAGUGCGUAGGUAGGUCUGCUGUACAACAGCCAGAGUGUGAAAAUUGCAGUAAGUGUACUUGCCAAGACUGAACUUUCCAUAGAUAACCUGUCCACCUGUUCCAUCAAGUCCCAGCAAUUCAGAUUUCAAAUGCUGACCCUUGAGAGCAGUUUCCAGCAUCACAGAAGUAUCCCCCUGAAACCAGGUAAUCAUGUAGAGGGAGUUCUUAAACAGUGGCUUGCAACCCCGUAGAGGGGGAAGAAGUAAAUUUGAGGGAGGAGGGAGUCACAAAUUGGGUGUGUGUGUGUAGAUAUUUAUGUAAAAAUAUCCAAGCAGGAUAUUUUUUAAGGUCUUGCUCCCAUUUUGCCUGGGUAAGCUGAUAAUUCUUCAAGCUUUGCACCCAAAGCUGGAUCACCGCCUUCAGAGCUCAGUCCCAUUGUGCCUGGACCGGCUAAAAACAAAGUCUACAAUUUCUGCUAUAAAGAACAACCCAAACCAACGUGGAACAAGGCGUGAGAGUGGUCAUCUCAAAAACAAAACCCAGAUUUCAGGAAUUAUGCAAGACUUAAGCAAAAAAUCCUUUCCAUUUAAAAACAAAAAAGGUUUUGAAUUUGUUUUAUUCUGAAUGAAAAUGUUUCAUUUGAUAAAGCUGGAAGGUUCUGUCAUUCUUUAAUUAUAUAGAUUAAACAUUAAA